AUUUAUUAUUACCGUCUCCCCGCAGCCCGCAGCAUAUUUAAAUACACUGCUGAUUAGAGUAAUUGAACUACAUAGUCCACGUAGCUCUAAAGUCGUAUAUCCCACGGUAGACGCUAUCUAUUCGCGCACUUUCAAAUCGCACGCGCUGUGCUGACGUGGUCCAAGAAGCCAAUAAUUGCAAUAACUAUUAGUUUUUGUUAAUUAAAUUAUUGUUACAUAGUUUUAAAACAUGCUGAGCAAGACCCUACCUCUACUAUUGUGCUGCCUCGUGGUGGUGGCCCAAGGUUACAGUUUCACGUCCAAGGAAGUCAAGUGCCACGUUUGCAAGGCCACAGUGUUAGAGCUGGAAGAAGCCAUUGCCAAGGAGGAUGCCAAUAAGAAGGUCGAUGUGAGUGGUUUCCGUCUGGAUGCGCAGGGAAAUUCGGCGAGCAAGCGUGUACGCCUGAUCAAGUCUGAGAUGUUCCUCACUGAGCUCAUGGAGAAGAUCUGUGAAAAAAUGGAUGAUUACCUGAAGGCCACCUACAAGAGCAACGGCAAGUUCACACUGCUGAAGAUGAUAGUCAAUGGCCAGAUGAAUCCGGAGUCAUCAUUGGUCGAUUUCGUGCAAGACGGUGAUCUCAACAAAAGCCUGGGCCACUUUUGCAACGAGGUGCUGGAGGACAAUGACGAGAUCUUUCUGAAAGCAUUCCAGGCCGAGGAGCUGGGUAAUGAUUUGGACAUCAAAAUCUGCUCAGAGCAGGCCAAAUACUGUGACGAGGCGCCCGUACAGGAUGAAUACGACUUUGCCGAAAAGGAGGAGCUCUAAAGAUGCAGUUCCCCUAGUCAAUUCCUCUAACGAAUUUCCAUGAUCAUCACCAUUGUGUUAUGCAGCGACAUGCGCUGAUCCGGACUGAACUUUCAAACGAAACUAAUAUACAUAAAAACUAGUUACGACAAUAUAAAUCAAAACAAUGUGCAAUGCCCUCCAGUAA